UACAAGAAUGUUACAUGAUCUUGUUGGUGAACUACACAGUACUGUAAUACAGCUAGCUAGUAGCUACGUACUUCUCUAGCUUUGUACAUCGAUAAGCAGAGUGUAUUUCUACUAGUCACUACAGAAUAAAAGAUCGAGAGGCCUCAAACUAAAGCUUUGAUCAAUCCACAGGAGUAUAUUCUGCAGAGUAAGUUCCAAGAAGCUUAUCUCUUUGGUUGUUUUCCGGGAUAAUUGUGAAACUAUUCCUCUCUGGAGAGACAACCAAAUGAAACUACAGUCUGCUCUGAAGCUCAUGGUGUCUUUUCUGAACUGUUUUAACUGUCCAUUUUGAUGUGUUUCUCGACAAUAACUACACAAAGAUUGAACACAUCCAAGAAGAAGAAAGCACUAAUGGCUUUUCCUGGUGUUGUACAGCCAUGGCCAAUGCAGCCUCAUGGCUCUCCUCAGUUCCACCACUUCGUGAGUCCAUGGAACACACCACCCUCCCAUCAAGUAGUGGCCACAAGCCCUCUGGCUACAAAUGUCCACAGUACUACAGCCAAUGCUCGCAUACUGUAUCAGCAACAGCAGCAACAGCAGCAACCGUACUUACAUGCGAGUCCGGUAAGAAUGUCCCCUGUGUCCAUCGCACCACCGGCCAUCAACCUCCCUGCACCUAACGUACCUGCAAGUACAGUUUCACAAAGUCCGCAAGCUCCUCAACCCUCUACUAGUGGGAUCAACCAACCUAGUACCCUAAACUUGAGUGCUGCUGCAUCCAGUUCGCAUGCGACACCGGGACCUCCAGUAGCGGUGGAUCCUACUAGAAGUACGUCACCAAGUCCGACAAAGAAGAAACGAGUUCGUCGUAAGAGGUGUUGGACGUGUGAAGGAUGUCUUAGGAAAGACAACUGUGGAACCUGUAGCGUCUGUACUAACGCAAAUACCACAAAUUCUGUCUGCAAGAUGAGGCGAUGUGACGUUCUCAAGAGAAGGCCUUCUCUGUCAUGCCCCACCCCCACAUCUUUCACAUCAAUGGAUCCGGAGGUGCCACAGUCAUUCGACUUUACUAGUAUGAAUGCUGCGGAGAGACUGACCACACCCUUUCCCUCCCACUCACCCCUCAAGGAGAACCAACCAGAGUUUAAAGUGAGUCCCCCCAAGCGCAAGAGACGAGGAACCGGGACCUGCAAGCCCUCGGUCAAGGAACCACCUCCCUGUGGUUGCCCUGGGUCUGAUGAAGGGUUCUACUACACUCACCUCGGCUCAGGCCCCUCCCCCGACAAGCUACGAGAGACGCUGGAGGAACGAUACUCAGUCACUGGCAAUAAACUCAGAAUGUUGGAGGUCACGUUCGGUGGUAUAGAAGCCAAGACGGCCGACGGCUGCCCUACUGCCGAGUGGAUCAUACGUCGCAGAGACAAGGAGGAACUGUUUUGUGUUGUUUAUCGUCAUCACAAGGGCCAUGUCUGUGACGGUGUGUACACUGUGAUCAGCAUUGUGUUAUGGGAAGGACUGUCUCAUGCACGGGCUCUGCACAUCUAUCGCCACUUCACCACCAUUCUGCCCACCUAUGGGAUACCAACAGUCAGGAAAUGCGAGAAGAAUGAAACUAAGUCGUGUUCGUGUCAGGGAACUGACAAUGAGACAAGAGGUUGCUCAUUCUCCUUUGGAUGCUCAUGGAGUGUCUACUAUGACGGCUGCAAGUUUGCAAAGAGCAGAGUUCCAAGGAAGUUCAAGCUAACUGAUACAUCCAAGGAAGAGGAGCUGGAAGGCACAGUGCAGGCACUGUCAACAGAUUUGGCACCUGUAUACAAGUGGCUCGCUCCCGACGCAUACGACAAUCAGGUGGCUACAAACGAGGCGGGGCAGGAGUGUCGUCUGGGUAAUGGCGAGGAGAAGCCAUUCUCUGGGAUCACGGCCUGCAUGGACUUCUGCGCCCACAGUCACUAUGACAGACACAACAUGACCCAUGGUGGAGCUACACUGGUGUGUACUAUCCUGAAGAAAGGUGUUCUCGGCAAAGACGACACAACUGAAGAGACAUCUGAACAACUCCACGUUCUCCCUCUGUAUCGUCUCAAGAACGCACCCGCUCAAAGUAUUCCUGGCAUUGAGAUUCGGCCAGUCCGAGAUGACGUGCAGGAGGUGGGCUAUGAGGAACCAACGCGCACUGAGGAAGAGGUCAAGCGUAUCAGAACACUCGCUGCCACUCAAGGACAGACGUCUUUUGAUCAAUCUGCUCAUGCUGAAUUGAACACAACUCGAGAAUUUCCGGUCCUCAACUUGGCUAAGCCUAAUCCUCCUUCGUUCAAUCGCGUGUCGUCUGGAUCCCCGCCCUUCACGACAGAUCCGCAAACGCCCUCACCUGUCAUAUCCAACCACUCUUCAGGGUACGGUUCGAUGUCAUCCGUACCUCAGACCCCGUCUACCCCCACAAACACUGCUCCUGUUUUUAACACUCUAAUUCAGACGCAACAACGACCACCAUUUCAAUUCCCCCCAGAUAUGAGAGCUAAUACCCCCUGUGUUUCCAACCCCCCACCUCUGAGCAGCGCUCCAAUGAAACCCACCCCCACCUACCCCUCUCCCAACGCAGUUAAUGGAUUCCAUCCACACUUUAUGAACGGAAUGCAGCGAUUGCAAGCUCAACCGCUGAUGAGGCAGACCAUCAAGCAGGAACACGAUAUGGUGCACACCUUACGACCAAUGGAUAACCUCAUCGCGACAACCGGUAACUCGUCGUGUACUGAUUCAGACAGUGAUUGCUAUAUGGUGACUGAUUCAUCCCCAGCACCCUCGCAAGAAUCUCCUUCACACCAAGUCAAGUUUGAGCAACCACCAAUGCCAAGGAUGAAUGGCUUUCACUCUAUGCCACCGUCUUUGGUCUCGACACCUCCGAAGUGCUCUCCGUCGAUAAAUGGGACGAGUUACUCACAUCAGCUCGAGAGGAAGCAGGUUUGCUUUUCCUCACCUGAUAGUGCAUGUGGCACCCCCACUAACAAUAUGCCGAGAAUGGCCCCUUCCGGUCCUUUUUCCGAGCAGCAGCCACAAAGUGACUACGAGAACUGUGUAAAGGAACAGAAACGGAGGAAUUCAGAUCGUGUCUAUGCUAUCCCUGGAGGAGUUGCUCUAGCUCUUGGACAUGGGUCCAUUUUGAUUGAGUGUGCUAAGAAAGAGCUUCAUGCAACCACUUCCAUUAAGAACCCGUGCAGGUCGCUACCGACAAGACUAUCCAUUGUAUUUUACCAACACAAGAAGCUGACAAGGCGGUAUCACGGCUGGUACGAGGAAGAACAGAAACAAAAGCUUAGAAACGAAGAAAGUGCACGACAAAAGCUACUCACAGAGCAAAAGAACAACAAUUUAAGUGGCAACCUCAGCCAGUUCAAUUUCCCUGGUACUUCUGGGCAGAUUUUUCCACCACAAAUUCUCGCUGAGGGAUUUGCCCGAGGUCAAAGAGACUGUGACUCCAGCUCUGAAAGUUCCGACACUCUGGAAUACAUAUACAACCUUCUGGAGGAAGAAGAGGGGCUUGAACUAGAGAUGGACAACCCUCUAGAUAUUCCAUCAUGCCAUGUGCCUCGUGCCAUGCCGUUCUCUGAAGUGGAAGAUCCGUUCUAUGUUGAACUCCCAAUAAAGAAAGUCGACACUUACGAAAAAUUUCGGCCGGUACCUGGCUCUGUUGUAACGCCACAACCCUAUCCGUUCAGACUUGUUUCAGUGCCUACUCAGCAUACCAACUCAUAUAGCAACUCAGUUUGCAAGCCUCAAGAUGUUAUUACGGGGAGCUACGGCAGGUGGCUCUCCUGACUCUGUUUUUUCAUCAGAAUUUUAAUUUUCCAUUAUUUGUUUGUGUGUUGUGCUAUGAUAUGGUUUCUAGCUUUGUAUUUAUCAUAGCUAGUAUUUUUUACGGAUUUUUUGAGUUGUCAGUCAUGAGUUUCACCACUAGCCCCGUCCCUUGCAGAGUUUAAUAGUUUCUAACAAAUUAAUUAUUAAUUUGUAUUUCUAGUGAUUGCUAUUUAUUGUGGUUCACCAUGAAAUUAUUGUGAGUGAA